GCUCAACCUUUCUUUUAUACACCUUUUUUUUUAUCCUGUAAAGAAAUGAAAUAGAACAUGUGGAUUAGUGAAUUUCAGAGCUGCUGCAAGCCAGAUUUUGUCGCUUUCUGACUGGGGAUGAUAAUAAGAAUUUAACCGAUUAAAAAUGUCUUCAUGGACAAUCAGACACGAUUACAGAUAAAACACAAAAUACCCUCUGUAGACUGUUCGUGAGCACAAACAGAGCAGGACCCUGCUGUUUGCUGCCACGUGUGGGCGAUCACCGCUCUGCUAGGAAGACACUGCUAACUGCAAAACGUACAGGAAGUCGGCUCAGAUGGCGAAAAGCACUUUUGCAACUGUGAACAACGAGGUCUGAGCUUUAUUGUUCAGACAUGUAAGAUGGUGCUCAUCGCUCACUUUCAUUUUAGGCGGCUCUCCAAAGCUCCGGGUGCAAAAUAAGAGCGAUUGCAACCUAAAGGUAGCUAACCUGAAUCCCUAGCUGACACUUCAGAUAACUGUUAGUGAUGUUAGCUAGUUAGGUAGCAACCCACAUGAAUGCCGAUUGAGUCAACGACCCGCACCUGUCCAUAACGACUCUGUAAGGACACUCCCACUCAGAGUUUAAAAGCCUGCAACUCCCCUCCAGUUAGUUAGAACUGAAGAAACGUCUUCCACAAACUGAAACACGUCCAGCUGCCCAGCACUUAAAUUCAGUUUUAAAAGUUAGCUUCAUGGUUUCAGGUUGCAAAUUUGGUACUGUGAAGUUUGUGCAUGAUAAACGGAGUUAAUGUUUAAAAACAGUCCAUUUCAAGAGUCUCAAGUCUUGACUUACAGGUGCAGAUGGAGUAGCGAUUUGUUCUCUCUAUGACAAACACAACGUAUGGCUUAUCACAUUUUAGAAAAUAAAAUAACACUCACAUGCUGACCGGUCAGCCUCCACACUGCCGGCAGUGCAUUUCAUAUCACAGGUUUCCUUCAAAUGGAAUUUUUUAGAUAGUUUUCAUGAUAUAGAAAGUCGAGUGCGAGAUGGUUUUCGAGUGGUAAAUUGUGAGUGCGCUGUUGCCAUGCAACCAACACCAAAAAGUGACAUUAAUGAUUGAUAGUUUUGUGCUUUUUGCAUUCCAAUUACCAUCCCGAUGGAGGAGUGAAAGGAAAACUAAACUAGAGAGUUGGCCAAAGUGAACCCUCACAUACCAAACCAGGAGACCAUUCAGAUCACGGAUGCCAGAGUCAGGGGGUCAGGAGCUGUGCAGAGUGUCUGGCAGCAGGGCCACACUGUGCUUGGUGUGCUGAGGAGAAUUGGGCCAGCACAUAUGGGAGCGCUGUGACACAGCCAGGGCCCUGCUGCAGAGGGGCUGUCCUUCUGAUCGCCUGGAGGACCCCAGAGGCUCCACCGUCCUUCUGAAAAACCAGAAGAUCACCUUCCACCCCAAAGAACAAAGACGCCAGCAGCAGCGCGGACAAGUCACCCAGCUCCAGCCUCAGACUGUGCUGCUGAAUCUCCGGCCAGGUGAAGCCCAGAGCUUUGAGGUGAAGUUCAAGCGUGUGGAGGACUAUCCCAUAGAUCUGUACUACCUGAUGGAUCUGUCCUUCUCCAUGGAGGACGACCUCCCCAGCGUCAAGAAGUUGGGCGCUGACCUCAUGGAAGAGAUGAGGAACAUUACGAGCGACUUCAGAAUGGGCUUCGGAGCAUUUGUGGACAAGACGGUUAUGCCGUACAUCAGCACAGCGAAGGACAUGCUCAGGAACCCCUGUAAGAGGACUGAGCCCUGGCCAUGCACUCCUCCCUUCACCUACCGUCACAUCCUGAGCCUCACUGCCAACGGAAGCCUCUUCACAAAGCUCGUCGGGGGCCAGCGGAUCUCCGGUAACUUGGAUUUCCCAGAGGGGGGGCUGGACGCUCUGAUGCAGGCUGCCGUUUGUGAGAAGCAGAUCGGCUGGAGGAAUGUGACUCGUCUGCUUGUGUUUUCCACUGAUGCUGGCUUCCAUAUUGCCGGAGACGGCAAACUCGGUGGCAUUGUAAUUCCCAAUGAUGGAAAGUGUCACUUGCAAAAAAAUGUGUACACCAAAGGAAAUUCCCAGGACUACCCUUCGGUGGCUCAUGUUGCCGAAAUUCUGAGAGAGAAGAACAUCCAGAUCAUCUUUGCUGUCACCGAAGAAGUCAGACACUUGUAUGAGGGCCUGAGAAGCGUCUUCCCAAAAUGUGCGGUCGGAACACUUUCCAACAACUCCCACAACAUCCUGCAGAUAAUAGUCGAAGCGUACAAUGCGCUGACCUCAGAGGUUGUUAUGGAGAACAGCAAGCUGCCGCCGGGCUAUCACAUCUCUUACACCUCGCACUGUAAGGACCGCAAGCUGAGACACGGCGAGCACGGGAGGAAGUGCUCCAACAUCUCCAUAGGUGACGAGGUGAGCUUUAAUGUAAGCAUUACAGCACCUCUGUGCGUGCCUGCUGCACAAAGACCACCCCGUGUUAUCAUUAAGCCCCAGGGCUACAGUGAAGAGGUUGAGGUCCUGCUGAGCCCCAUAUGUGAGUGCUCAUGUCAAAAGGACGUGGUCCCGCACAGUCCUAAGUGUAGCCAUGGCAACGGCACUCUGGAGUGUGGCACGUGCAGGUGUAAAGAAGGGAGAGUCGGAGCGCUGUGCGAGUGUGACCGAGCGGAGUCGAGCGAGGCGUUUGACUCGUACCUCUGUCGCCGCGAUAAUGCAUCUGAAGUGUGCAGCGGACGCGGAGAGUGCGUUUGUGGGAAGUGUGUUUGUCGCAAGAGCGGCAAAAAGCCCAUCCACGCGUACUACGGCGAGUUCUGUGAGUGCAGUGAUUUCAGCUGUGAUCAGUACCGAGGACAACAGUGCGGAGGGCACGGCAGGUGCGUCUGCGGGGCGUGCAAGUGUUACCCAGAAUUUCACGGUCAAGCGUGCGAGUGCCCUCUCAGCUCGGAGUCUUGUCUUUCUCAGGACAAACAGAUUUGUUCGGGCAGAGGGGACUGUCACUGUGGCGCCUGUAUCUGCCACGACAACCGCUUCCAAGGCCCGACUUGUGAACUUUGCCCCUCCUGCCCCAGCAUGUGCACCUUGCACAGAGAAUGCGUCCUGUGCACAGCCUUCUCACUGGGCUUGAAUCCGAAGGAGUGUGAGACCAGGUGCGUCCACCUGAACCUCACUCUGGUGGGUCAGGCAGGUGUGUUAGCGAGGGUGCCCCCCUCUCCAGGCCUUCACAGGUGUAUGGAGGUGGACACAGAGGGCUGCAGAGUGCACUUCCUGCUGAGGACUGGACAAAAAGACAAUGUUCAUGUUGCUCUUGAACGGGAAUGCCCAUCGGGUCCGAACGUGAUUCUGAUCACCGCGGCGCUGUCAGCCUCUGUUGUGGUGCUGGGUGUGGCUCUGUUGCUGCUAUGGAAACUGCUCACCGGCAUCCAUGACCGCAGGGAGUUCGCCCGCUUCCAGAGAGAGCUGGAGCAGAGACGCUGGAACAGGAGGGACAACCCCAUCUACAGGAGCGCCAUCACCACAACUGUCAACCCCAAGUACAAAGAACAGUGAUAGCAGGCCACGGAAGGAGAUCUACUUUUCAAUCGGGAUCCCUGUCGUGGAGCACAAUGAAACAACAUCCUUCAUCUGAACUGUUGUCAGCAGUUGGUCCGACUUGUUUGGUGCUGUAGCAGGAAACGGGUGUUGAUGUCUUACUUACCCCCUUGCUUUGAUCACAAUAUGCCCCCCCCCCCCCGGACCUGCCGGUCCUCCAACCCUUCCCUUUUCUCAGCAUGCUCUGCACGUGCGCCAUAUUCACGCAGCAUCCCCAUAAACUGCUUCCUAUACAAGGUUAAAUGUCUGCGGGAUACGUGCAGAGUCAGUUCCCCUCUGCUUAUUAAAACCCACAAAAGAUCAUUUUAUGUAGUGUGAUAUUUUGUCAGGCGUAUGCAAGGAUAGCCAUAUAUGCUGACGGUUGUCUCAGCUGUUUAACUUGGGUCUCUGAAGGCGAGAUAUAGUGAGGUGGGCAUUCUGCAUUAUGCAUUGUGAUCCCAGUGGAGAUGCGGGGUCCUUACGUGGGUCUCCACUGCCCUCUAGAUGAGAGGAGAGGCAACUGUCGAUGAGGCAGCCUCACAUUUGCUUUUCACAGUCAGAGGAUGAUGCUAUUUUGGACACAAAACGUGACACCUCAGCUUUUGCAUUUCCAGCGGACACCUGUGAAUUCAUCAAACACUGCAGGCCCGACACGGUGCGAUGUAAGUGUACGAUUUUACAAGAAAAAGGAAGAAAGAAAGCAGCCAGUGUACGUGCCAGCCACUUUGCCAGAGCACUGGGCUGAAUCGUGUAAGCUCAGGGAAAACAAUGGGGAUGUUUUCAAAUCUAAAUUGAUAUUAGGGUUUUUUUUUUUACCCCCACUUCCUACAGAUGGCUGCUGAUGACCUUGCUGGGAGAGUUGAGCAAAGUGAUAUUAAUCAUAACGAUGCCUCCUCCACUCACAGAGUCAACCAAGGCAGGCGUGCAUGCAGCUUUAACACAGCCAGUGUGGGAGGUGGUGGGAUUUGGUGGUGGUGGUGGUGGUGGAGUAUCAGAGAAAAUGACUCCAUAUGCUCCCACUAUGCAGCAUUCUCUUUCAUCUGUGUCUGAUCCUAAAAAAAAAAUUUAAAAAAAAAUGUGCGGCGCAAAUAUCCCAGCUUCAGAGGAGGAGGAGGAGGAAGAGGAGGAGGAGGAGGCGACGGCGGCAGUGGAGGGGGAGAUGCAGCUCCUGCGACAAGACUCAUGUGAAGGGGGCAGAGUUGGGGAGGUGGUGGAGGGAGGUGGAGGGAGGUGACCAUGCAGCCCUGGAGACUGUUACAUAACAAAUACUGCAACCAUGUCACUGUUGCAUCUCAUCACUUGUGAGUGGCUUAAAUAAAUCAGUAACAUUA